AUGUCAUCCCGUAUUGAUAAGGUCAUCGCUCGCCAGCGAGAAAAGAUCGCCGAUGGUGCCUACUACGAGGCUCACCAACAACUACGAGUCAUUGCUGCCCGGUAUAUCAAGCAAUCCAACUAUGAUGCUGCGGCGGAGAUUCUGGCUGGUGGCGCGAAGGAGCUAUUGAAGGCUGGAUCUCAGCAGGGUGCGUCGGCAAGUGGUGGAGAUUUGGCCAUCAUGUUGGUUAUGGAGGUGUACAACAAAGCUGAGUGGGAGAUCUCGGGUGGUGAUGAUGCUGAGGGUCGGGCUCGGAAAAAGCGUUUGAUCGAGCUGCUGCGGGAAUUCCCAUCGGACGAACCUACGAGAAAGCGUUACAUUCAAGAAAUUAUCGGGUGGAGUGCGAAGUUCGGACCACUGGAAAGAGGAGAUGCGGAACUACACCAUGCCGUGGGCUCAGUAUACGCUGAAGAUAACGAGCCAUACGAGGCCGAGAAACAUCUCAUUCUUGGAACAUCUGAAUCGGCCGAGACCCUCGCAAAGCUCGAGUAUGAGUGGUACACUAGCGACGAGCCGCACACUGCAGCGAUCUAUGCGUCGCGCGCAGUCUUCCCCUACCUCCUCACCGGAAAUCUCCGCAGCGCCAACAAAGCUCUGCUCAUCUUCACUUCGCGCCUUUCGGCCGCCAAUCCCCAGCUCGGUGUGCAGGAUAUCAGCAGCGCCAGUGCGGACGCCCGAGUAUUCCCCGCUCUGCCUCUGCUGAAUUUCAUCAGCUUGCUGCUGUUGACGAUCCAGCGCGGGAGUGCGGAUCUGUUCCGGCAGCUCACGGCACACUAUGCAGCACAAAUCAAAGAAGUUGGUAUUUGGGAUGAUGCUCUGGCCCAAAUUGGCGAGCAGUACUUCGCCAUCAAGAUCCCGCGGCAAGGAAACCCUUUGAUGGAUAUGAUGAGCGGUAUGUUGUUUGGAGGUCAGAACAAGGCACAAAAACCUGCUAAGAAGGUCGAGGCACCUCCGUCAAGCAUGGAGCUCGAUUAA